AUUGUUCCUUGUCAUGUUCUCUGAAGGAGGGUAAUGAUGACAUCACAAAUUCAGACUGAUACAGUGUGAUCCAUCAUUCCUGGCCUGACGUUGACAUGGCAACAGGCAGGAAGGGGUCCACCUCAAAGGGAGGAAGUGUGCGUUUCCCUGACGACGAGGAUGCCAUGGGCUCCCCUGUUCACCGUGAGGACAAAGCCAAUGAUUCUUCCAUCCCUGCUCUCCCAGAGCCUGAUGGGAACUUCCUGGUUAAGGUAGGGUUCCUGAGGAGUCUGCAUCGUUAUGAGAUCGUCUUCACCCUCCCAGAGGUGCCUGUGCUGGGGAAAGAUGUGUGCUCCCUCCCUUCCUCCUCAUCACCAACUCCCAGACCCCUCCUCAAAGUCAACCGUGUCACACCCACACCAGAGGGUACGUUGGAGACCAGGGCCGUAUGCAUUAGGGCAUGUCAAAGAAAACGUUAAACCGUUUUGCAAUGG